UUAGCUGAUCAAGUAUAGUCACAAAUUGACUAAGAUGGCCACUCUUUCUCCCCGCUUUCUCCUAGUUCGCUUCUUGCUCGUAAUUGGCUUCUUGGCCUUUGCCACUCAUUGUCAAGUCCCAGCAAACCAAACCUUCAAAAUCAUAAACCAAGGUGAGUUUGGAUGGUAUAUUAUCGAAUACGACGCAAGCUACCGUACAUUUGAAACUGAGGUUUACAGCUUCUUUACCUCCCCCUUCCGGCUUUGCUUCUACAACACCACUCCGGAUGCCUACAUAUUAGCCAUUAGAGCCGGCAUUUCACGCGACGAAAGCUUAAUGCGGUGGGUCUGGGAUGCCAACCGCAACCAUCCGGUUCGCGAAAACGCCACACUCUCUUUCGGGAGGGACGGAAACAUGGUGCUCGCCGACGUAGAUGGACGCGUGGCGUGGCAAACCAACACCGCCAAUAAGGGUGUCACUGGCUUCAAGUUACUUCCCAAUGGGAACUUGGUGCUUCACGACAAGAACGGAAGAUUUAUAUGGCAAAGCUUCGAUUACCCUACUGAUACUCUUCUAAUCGGGCAGUCUCUAAGAAUCAACGGCCGGAACAAGCUCGUUAGCCGGAAAUCAGACAUGGACCCCUCGGACGGGCCAUAUAGUAUUGUUCUUGACCACAAUGGGCUCACCAUGUUUCUAAACAACUCGGGUCAGCUUCUUACAUAUGGGGGUUGGACAGGCAGUGACUAUGGCAGUACUGUAACCUUCGAUGCAGUGCCUGAGAAUGAAAACGCUACCGGUUAUCAGCUAGUCCUUACUACAAACCAAGACACUAAUUCUCCACCACCACCGGCUGGCCGGCGUCGCCUCCUACAAGUACGUCCUAUUGGCAAUGCACAGGAAAUCUUCCUUAAUCAGCGCAAUUACAAUGCAACAUAUUCAUUCUUGAGGCUUGGCUCUGAUGGUAAUCUCAAGGCCAUGACUUACUAUAACAAAGUGAGUAUCUUAAGGUGGGAAGAGACCUUUGCAUUCUUUUCGUCCUAUUUUGUCAGAGAAUGCGCGUUGCCGUCCAUGUGCGGAGCGUAUGGAUUAUGUGACAAGCGGAUGUGCGUAGCGUGCCCAAGCCCGAAAGGGCUUCUAGGUUGGAGUGAGAGUUGCGCACCGCCGAAGUUGGGGCCGUGUAAGAGCAGAUUAGCAAAGGUUGAUUACUAUAAGAUUGUGGGGGUGGAGCAUUUCUUGAACCCGUAUUUGGACGAUGGCGAUGGCCCAAUGAAGGUUGGGGAAUGCAGGGAGAAGUGCGAUAAGGACUGUAAGUGUCUAGGUUUCAUUUACAAGGAAGAUACUUCCAAGUGCUUACUUGCACCAUUGCUUGGGACUCUUAUCAAAGAUGUUAAUAUUUCUUCUGUGGGAUACAUCAAAUAUUCAAAGUAGAGAAGGCGUUAGUACUUACUACUUAUGAUGUAUUGAGUGCUUUGUUGCCGCUUUAAUAAAAUGGGCCAGGAUUAGAGUUCA